AUGCCUUCAGCUGAGAAAACAGCCGAAGUCGGCUGCGCUGAGUUCUCCGACGUUGAUGGGAAACGACUGUCAUCCGAGGCUGCCCAAGCCACUCAAGCCGAGCAUGAACUCACAUUCACCCAGGCUGUGAAGCUUUACAAGAAAGCCGUCAUCUGGUCCGUGAUUGUGUCUCUUGCCUGCAUUAUGGACAGCUAUGACAUGCAGAUCGUCUCUGCCUUCUACGCCUACCCCUCGUUCCAAAAGAAGUAUGGCGAGCUUCUCGACGACGGCUCUUACUCUAUACCUGCAUCCUGGCAACUCGGGCUGAGUCUCACCUCCAACUUUGGCAUGAUCAUCGGCGUCUUCGUCAACGGAUGGUUGGUGGAACACAUGGGUCCUCGAAGGCUGAUGCUCUGCUCCUUCACGGCUCUUACCGGCUUCAUCUUCAUCACCUUUUUCGCACCCAACAUCCAGGUCCUUCUGGUCGGCGAGCUUCUAUGCGGUCUCCCGUGGGGCGUGUUUGCCGCCGUGGCUCCUUCUUACGCGGUUGAGGUCUGUCCUCUUGUUCUGCGCGGCUACCUUUCAACCUUCUGCAACCUCACUUGGCCCGCCGGACGUAUCCUCGCCACGGGUGUCCUGCAAGGUCUCAUCCACAACCCCACCGAAUGGUCUUAUCGGAUCCCAUUUGCCCUCCAGUGGAUGUGGCCUGUGCCUCUCAGCCUGGCCAUCUGCUUCGCACCUGAGUCGCCUUGGUGGCAGGUUCGCAAGGGUCGCAUUGCUGACGCCGAAGCAACCAUGAAGCGGCUGUGCAGCGGUGAUCCUGCUGAUGUGGAUCGGAGAAGCAAGCAGACGGUGGCCAUGAUCACUCACACGAUUCAGAUGGAGAGGGAUCUCAACGUUGGUACCAACUACAUUGACUGCUUCCGUGGCAUUAACCUUCGGCGAACCGAGAUUGCCUCCGUUUCUUGGGGCGGUCAAGUGCUUACUGGUUUCGCUAUCCAGAACUAUCUGACGUACUUUUUCAAGCAAGCCGGUCUAUCCACCGACGACUCAUUCAAGCUCAGCCUGGGAACGUUCAGCAUCGCCUUCCUCGGAACCGUAUUUUCGUGGUUCUUCCAAGGUCGAUACGGACGGCGCUCAAUUUUCAUCUCGGGACUCUGCAUCAUGGCGCCGAUCAUGUGGCUGAUCGCGCUGAUUGACUUUGCACCCGCAACAUCGGCCCGCCGCUGGGCCCAGUGCUGCAUCAUGCUCCUCUGGUUCGCGGUUUACGGUCUCACCAUCGGACCCGUUCCUUAUGCCAUUGCAACCGAAGUUCCUGCUUCUCGGCUCCGCAUGAAGACUAUUGCGGUGGGUAGAAACGCGUACUACAUCUUCUCCAUUGUCAACAUCGUUGUGGCUCCCUAUCUACUCAAUCCAUCGGAAGCCAAUCUGCACGGCAAAGCAGCUUUCCCGGCUGCUGGCUUCUCGACGCUUCUCUUGUUGUGGGCUUGGUUUAGGUUACCGGAGACCAAGAACCGGACGUUCGAGGAACUGGAUGUUUUGUUUGAGAGGGAAAUACCUGCCAGGAAAUUCGCUGCUACCGUUCUUGAAACGCCACAUUCACCAGAUGCGCAAGUAGUCAAGUCUUAG